GGAGGAGCCUGCGGGUCCAGAUCCCGGAGCGGUGACAUCCAGGCUGGCGGAGAGACCGAGCCAGCGGCGCCGGGGACAGCCACAGCGGGGGGACACCGGCAGGGGCCGGAGACACCCGGCGGCACCGAGACCCGCGGCAAGGAAGGGUCCUGAGGGACACGGGGCAGGACAGGGCUGGGAAAGGCAGAGGGGAGUGGGCAGGAAGGUGCUGGGGCACCCCCGGAGCCCCGGGUCAUGAAGGAGGAGCUGGGCUGUCCCCAGCCCCUCGGGGACAGAACCGGGACCCCACUGGGGAUCCCUGGGGGACCCUGGCAGCUGGCCCGACCCCGCUUGCUGCUGCUGCUGCUGCUGCUGCUCCUCCCCACGCUUCAGGUGCGAGGGACUCAUCCCGACUGCUCCGUCGUCCUCCAGUUCCAGAGGCGAGAAGCGGAAUGUCUGGAGAGGAUCCAGAGUGAGAGCCAGACACCAGCUCUGCCUGGGCAAGGAGGCUGCCCGACGGACUGGGACGGAGUGAGCUGCUGGCCCGCCCUGCCCCUUGGACAGUCCCGGGCUGUCGCCUGUCCCGACAUCCUGAACGUCUUCAAGAAGUCCAAAGGGCUGAUCCAGAGGAACUGCACUGAGUGGGGCUGGAGCCUCCCCAGCCCCCCCUACCACAGCUCCUGCCAGCUGGAGACCCUCAGCAACAACAACGACACCGAGGCCAAGAGAGGCCAUUUUAUCACCAUGAAGGUGCUCUACACCUGCGGCUACUCCACGUCGCUGGCAGCGCUGCUCCUGGCCAUCGGCAUCUUCUCCUGCUUCAGGAAGCUGCACUGCACCAGGAAUUCCAUCCACAUCCACUUCUUCACCUCCUUCAUCCUGCGAGGCACUGCCGUGUUCAUUAAGGACAGUGUCCUCUUCUCGGACGAGUCCAUUGACCACUGCACGAUGUCCACGGUGACCUGCAAAGCAGCCAUCACCUUCUUCCAGUACUCAGUGCUGGCCAAUUUCUACUGGCUGCUGGUGGAGGGGCUGUAUCUGCAGACACUGCUGCUGCUCACCUUCACCUGCGACAGGAGCUACACCUGGGGCUACAUCCUCAUCGGCUGGGGUGUCCCCAUGGUCACAGUCGGGGUGUGGGUGCUCACCAGGCUGCGCUACGAUGACCACGGGUGCUGGGAUGACUACUCCAGCCUGUACUGGUGGGUGAUCAAGGCUCCCAUCCUCCUGGCCAUAUUUGUGAACUUCCUCAUCUUCCUCAAUGUCACCAGGAUGUUGGCACAGAAGAUCCGGUGCCCAGACCUCAGCAAAACCCACAAGCAGCAGUACAUGAGGUUAACCAAGUCCACGCUGCUCCUCAUCCCCCUCUUCGGGGUGCACUACGUGGUGUUCGCGCUCUUCCCCGAGCACGUGGGCGUGGAUGCCCGGCUCUACUUCGAGCUGGUUCUCGGCUCCUACCAGGGCUUCCUGGUGGCUCUGCUCUACUGUUUCCUCAACGGAGAGGUCCAGGCUGAGAUCAGGAGGAACUGGGGCAAGUGGCAAAGGUCCAUGGAGAGCAACGUCUUCAACCUGGCCACCCAGGACUUCACAGCAUGACCAGGACAGCAUUCCAGGGAAGUGGUGUGCUAGAGGAACAGCUCCAUGGCCAAGGUCCCAAAAAGACCCAGCCCCCUGAUUUUGAAGGUUCUGGGUCUAACACCCUCAGAGGGUGGUGAGAACAACCAUGGGAGAGGCUCUGCCUGCUCAGUGCUGGAUCUUGUACCCUGUGCUGGCACCUCACCCCCAUGAGCUCUCACUGCUUUGGGGCAGAGUUUCAGGCAAAGGGAAGGGAAGUUCUCCACUUUUCUGCCUGAAACUAGGAAGGAAACACAAAAAUCCUCUGCAAAAGGACAGCUGGUGGUUGUUGUUUGCACUGAAGGGAAACAAGUGGCACCAAUACUGAAAGGAUUCACUGAUGGAUAUUUUCCCCCUUCCUUGGUUUACAAAAUCAUUUCCCUCCUGAGAAGAUUCCCAAACAUAGCCAGGAGCCUCCCUGGGGAUGGAGGAAGGACACAGAGGAAGGCAAAACCCCGUAACUCUACAAGAGACCCCAAUGGCCUCAGGACCCAGUUCCUCCCCAGUUCUCAAAAUGUUUCCCUUUCUCCUGUAUUGGUUGAUUGAAUUGGAGAUGUUCCAGAAAAGCUCUCCCAGUCCUUUGCACUGAGGAAUGGGACUCACCUGGAUUCUCUGGGCAUUCUUUUUUCCAGGAAUAGGAAGGGUUUUGACAAUAAAAUCUCAUUCUCAAGUCCAGCCUCACUUUUCAGAAGGUUGG